AUGACUCAAACUGCCUUCAAAAGGCACUCAACCAUGACUUCCUCGGGUGAGGUGCGUUCACCGUUUACUCAUAUUUUUGUUCCUUCACUCAUUUCCCGCUGGAAUUUUUCAUUCAAAAAUCUAUACAAAUUGAAAAAGUUGGGAACCGAAGUUCAACUUUGUCAUGUAAAGAAUCCAAGUUUCGUUUUGCUUACCCCAAGCCGCUCGUCGCUAUUCAAAAUGUCUGCUUUGGAACAGUGGGCUCAAAAGUUGGAUAAUCCAACAUUGAGCGUUUUGCCUCACGAUUUUCUACGUCCUCACAGUGAACCUUUGGUCGAGCAGCGAGAAAGUCACGUUCAACUACCACAACUAGAGUUGCCGCAUGGAAAAGAUCCUUAUACCGUGGUUCUGGCAGUGUGGGCAUCUCUGCUAUACAGGCUAACGGGAGAUGAUGAUAUCGUGCUUCUGGUGCGUGGAGAAAAGGUUAUGAGAUUCACUAUUCAACCAUCAUGGACUUUUGCCCAACUGUACACCACAAUUGCUCAAGAACUAGUCAGUUUGCAAAGUUUGCCUACCGUUUGCUUCGAUGAACUGUCCACUUAUGUUCAAACUAAUCAGGAGAAAGAGCUUCCACCCCAGCUUUUCCGUUUAGGGUGUCUUCAAGAUCAAUCUCAAUUCUCGCUCCAACAACAGUAUAAAACUCAGCUACUGGACUUGGUACUAAAUCUCCAAGGGACCUCUACGUUGAGUGUUGUUUAUAACGCACUACUUUACUCCGAUCUCAGGAUUCAUAUUCUGCUGUCGCAGUUCACGCAAUUCAUAUCAGCGGCACUAGAAGACGAUUCUCAGAUUAUCACGAAAGUCAGCUUGAUCACCUCUUCAAGUGAAUCCGUUCUACCCAAUCCAACUGAUAAUUUGGGCUGGUGCGAUUUUGUGGGCUGUAUUCACGACAUCUUUCAGGACAAUGCCGCUAAAUUUCCGGAACGGACCUGCGUUGUUGAGACUCCUGGUCCUAGCACCCAGCUUGAACCCCGUGUUUUCACUUACCAAGACAUAAACAGAGCUUCCAACGUUGUUGCUCAUUAUUUGAUCAACACUGGAAUCAAAAGAGGAGACGUGGUAAUGAUCUACUCUUCCAGAGGUGUUGACCUCAUGGUAUGUGUAAUGGGUGUUUUGAAAGCAGGAGCUACAUUUUCGGUUAUUGAUCCUGCCUAUCCACCUGCAAGACAAACCAUCUAUUUGGGGGUUGCCAAGCCCAAGGGUUUGAUUGUUAUCCGCGCUGCAGGUCAAUUAGAUCAAUUAGUAGAGGAUUACAUCACUAGCGAGCUAGACGUGGUAUCAAGAAUUCCAUCCAUUGCCAUACAGCAAAAUGGUUUCGUAGAAGGUGGUGCUCUAGAAGGCUCCAGGGAUGAUUGUCUAAAACAAUACGAGUCUUUGAAAGAUACUCGGUCUGGUGUCGUUGUUGGUCCAGACAGCAACCCUACUCUGUCAUUUACCUCAGGCUCUGAAGGAAUUCCGAAGGGAGUUUUGGGUAGACAUUUCUCUUUGGCGUACUACUUUAAAUGGAUGUCUAAGCAAUUCAACCUUUCUGAAAACGACAAAUUUACAAUGCUUUCCGGUAUCGCGCAUGAUCCUAUCCAAAGAGACAUGUUUACUCCUUUAUUCUUAGGUGCUCAACUUUUGGUUCCAACCGAAGAUGACAUUGGUACGCCUGGCCAACUAGCAGAAUGGAUGAACAAAUAUAAAGCUACCGUAACCCAUUUAACUCCGGCUAUGGGUCAACUCCUCACUGCACAAGCUACUUCACCCUUCCCUUCCUUACAUCACGCAUUUUUUGUCGGUGACAUUCUUACCAAGAGAGACUGUUUGAGACUUCAAACUCUUGCUGAAAAUGUUUGUAUCGUUAACAUGUAUGGUACCACCGAAACCCAGAGAGCUGUAUCGUUUUUCGAGGUGAAAUCAAGAUCUGAGGACCCUCUCUUUUUGAAAAGCUUGAAGGACGUUAUGCCUGCAGGUAAGGGCAUGCUCAAUGUUCAAUUGCUUGUUGUAAACAGAAAUGAUCCAACCCAAAUUUGCGGUGUUGGUGAAAUUGGUGAAAUCUACGUUCGUGCCGGCGGCUUGGCUGAAGGCUAUCGCGGAUUGCCAGAUUUGAACAAGGAAAAGUUUGUCAACAAUUGGUUUGUGGAGCAGAAUCACUGGAACUCUUUAGAUAAAAAAGACAACGCGCCAUGGAGGGAGUUUUGGUAUGGUCCCCGUGACCGUCUCUAUAGAACCGGUGACUUGGGGCGCUAUACUCCCGACGGCAACUGUGAGUGCUGUGGGCGUGCUGACGACCAAGUUAAAAUUCGUGGCUUUAGAAUUGAACUGGGUGAAAUCGACACGCACAUCUCUCAACAUCCGCUUGUUCGUGAAAAUAUUACCCUAGUGCGGAAGAACAGUGAUAACGAGCCUACUCUAAUCACCUUCAUGGUUCCAAGAUUUGAUAAACCAGACGAGUUAUCAAAAUAUGAGUCUGAGAUUUCUGAUGAGGUUAUGAAGGACCCUGUUGUAAAAGGUCUAGUCAAAUUCAGAUUACUAUCCAAGAACAUCAAAGAGACUUUAAAGAAGAGGUUGGCAAGUUACGCAAUUCCAUCGGUGAUCAUUGUUCUCGAAAAACUACCCCUGAAUCCAAACGGUAAAGUCGACAAGCCUAAACUACAAUUUCCAACAUCGAAGCAAUUGGCUUCAGUAGCAGAAAAUUCAGCCGUUGAAAUUGACGAUUCUGAAUUUUCCACAACAGAGCGUGAAGUUCGUGACUUAUGGCUCGAAGUUUUACCAACAAGACCCGCAUCAGUUAUGCCAGAUGAUUCUUUCUUCGACCUAGGGGGACAUUCGAUUCUCGCAACGAAAAUGAUCUUCACUUUGAGGAAUAAACUCAAUGUCAAUCUGCCUCUGGGAACAGUGUUCAAAUACCCAACAAUCAAACUGUUUGCAAACGAAGUAGCGAGAGCGAGAGCUUCGACGGAGAGUUCGGGUUCUGAAGCCGUGACAGCGGAUUACUACGGGGAUGCAAAGGAACUUGUGAAAACUAUGUUGCCCAAGAGCUAUCCAUCACGCAAGUCUCUUGAGUCUUCUGGAUCCGAUACGUUGAAUGUAUUUGUUACGGGGGCGACAGGUUUCUUGGGUUCUUACAUUCUGGCUGACUUGCUCAAUAGACCAACUUCCUCUCACAAGAUUAAAGUGUAUGCACAUGUUCGCGCCAAAGAUGAAGAAGCAGGGAUGGAACGCCUGAUGAAAGCUGGUGUUAUUUACGGUACUUGGUCAGAAAACUUUUCAUCUCGAAUCCAGGUUAUUAUUGGAGACUUAUCUAAACCACAAUUCGGAAUGAACGACGAUGUGUGGGAAGAUUUGACGAAUGAGAUUGAUGUCAUAAUUCAUAAUGGUGCUCUAGUUCACUGGGUUUACCCUUACGCCAAAUUGAGAGAGGCCAAUGUCAUCUCCACUAUCAACGUAAUGAACCUCGCGGCAAGCGGUAAAAAAGCUAAGUAUUUUGCUUUCGUUUCCUCAACGUCGACCAUCGAUACACCAUACUACUUUGAACUUUCAGACAAGCUAGCCGCAAAGGGCAAGGGCUUGUUGGAGAGUGAUGAUUUGAUGGGCUCUUCAACUGGGCUAGGUGGUGGCUACGGCCAAUCUAAAUGGGCCGCUGAAUACAUCAUUAGGCGCGCUGGUGAGCAAGGUUUGCGCGGCUGUAUCAUUAGACCCGGAUACGUUACUGGCGCCUCUUCCAAUGGUUCUUCCAACACAGAUGACUUUUUGCUCAGAUGUUUGAAAGGUGUGGUUCAGCUUGGAAAGAUCCCUGAUAUUAGAAAUACGGUUAACAUGGUACCAGUUGAUCAGGUAGCUCGCGUUGUCACCGCUACUGCUUUUUAUCCUCCAGCACAAGACACUCUCGAAGUCGCACAUGUAACUGCACACCCCCGUUGUUUGUUUAGAGACUACAUGAACGAAUUGAAACAAUACGGUUAUUCCGUUGAAGUUGAAAGCUACGAUCAAUGGAGAAAAUCCCUGGAGGAUUCUGUUAUAGGUCGCAAUGAGGAAAACGCUUUGUACCCCUUGCUACACAUGGUGCUUGACAAUCUACCAGAGAAUUCUAAAGCUCCAGAGUUGGAUGAUUCUAAUGCAGUCUUUUCCUUGAAAAGAGAUGCGCAAUGGACUGGUGAAGAUGUAUCCAGUGGUAAGGGAGGCACUCGUGAACAAAUCGGGAUUUACAUUGCUUUCCUAAACAGAGUUGGCUUUCUUCCACCUCCUCCACAAAAGGGUGCCCUACCUCUACCAGAAAUAAAACUUUCUGAUAAGCAGGUUGAGCUGGUCGCCUCUGGUGCCGGCGCUCGUGGUAGUUCUGCCGCCGUGUGA